GUUGUCAUACAGGUUCCCACACCUGGGCGGUCAGUUAUGCUCUGGGCACACCUACCCACUGUGCACACCUACCCACUGUGCAGGAAGCAGGAAGAAGACGAGCUGUGACACAGGCUGCCCACUCCUCAGCAGGUAAGUUGCGGCGCCAAAGAAGAGAACGCCCCCACAAUGUCCAGCGGUAAUAUCGGUCAGGAGCUGCAGGACCAGUGGAACGAUGUGGUGGGACGGAUUGCCACCAAGCAGAUGUUCCAGUCAGACUGGGAUAUCGCCGCUUUCGUCAUUUUCUUUGUUUUUAUUGGGCUCAUCCUCCUCCUCAUCCUCCUGGUUCUAAUCAGAUGUUUUUGCUGCUGUUGUUGUGACUGCGAUUCCCAAGUGGACAAGAAAAAAUACACACAAAAGGUUGGGGUUGAUAAUCUCGCUAUGGAGCCAUAACCCUCCCCAUCCCUGGUUUGAUGGACAGCUAAUGGAGCCGAUGAAAUUGAACCACUGAGAUCCUCUCACGCGCUGUGAUUUUUGUCACUGAAUGAUUCUCAUGAAAAUAUAUAUAUACCACUUAUUUAUCUUGGGAUUACUGUGAUUUUAUGAUCUUGUAACAUUUUAUAAAAAAAUCACUUCCAUAGAUGAGCAGAUAUGAAUUAUCACAGCUAUAAUGUGUUUUAUAUACAUGGGGGGGAGAAACAGAACUGGAUCGCACAUCCACAAUGCUAUGCUUAGAUCUAAAUAAACUCGCUUCUCAGCGCCAUAUUGAAGUCUACAGCCCCCCAUACUGCAUGCUGUACAAGAGGCAUUAGUGUACAUUUUGAUCAAAAGGCAUAAGCCCGCUCACCACGUCAAGGUCUCCUCUUUUUAUAUACAUUUCGACUAAGUUGCUUAAAAGGCCAAAACGUCUUUGCAUCUGUCGCGUCCAUUUUAUUUCAAUGCAAUAUUCGUGGUUUAGACGAGUGACCUAUGUGUCAUGAGGAUAGAUUAUAUCUCUCCAGUCACCUCCAGAGCUGCAUUCAGAAUUCCUUUGACAACAGACAGCAGUGGAACAUUGUGGGCUCAGAUAUCAGGGGUGAACUAAACUGCAGCAACAGAAGGAUUGUAAAUGCAGCUUUGGAUGCGACUAGAGUAUAACUGCAAAAAAAUUAACCCUCUCACUGCGUAUAUUAACUGCUUGGUGUUGCAGUCCUCUGUGCGGAUUUCAGGAUCUGCUGCCGGUUCUGCGUUUAAAUAAAAUGUUUGAAAUAAAGUUUUUUUUUAAAAUCA